AUGGCAGAAACAAUUAGUUCAAAUACUUCUAAACCAAAAAGUGAUUUGUACGUCCAUGCCAGCAUCGACGCGGGCACUUCCCAGCGUUUGCAUGUUGGAGAUAAUAAUAAAUUUAGUGAUGACGCAGUCAUAAUGGAUUGUUCUUUACCUAGUUCUCGUUCACAAUAUUUUACGUGUUUGGCUGAAAUGACGCAGGAAACACCAGCUAGUAUUCCACAUGAACCAAUGCAAGUGGAUAACAAUGACGAAAUUUCAUUUACAGAAUUUGCACCGGCAGUUAUUACUUCUGAGCAAGGUUUCAAUCAAGAAUUGACAACCGAUGACAACCUUGUCCAAGACAAGGACAAGACGGGUGGUAUUGAAAACCCGGUAAUAUCUGAAGACAAAUACAAAGUAAAGCAGGAAUGGGUCAAGAGAAUGCGUAUAAAGUUUUGUGUCCAACCGGAGUUUGAAAUCACAAAGAAUAUGAUACACCCGGAUGGAACAUUGAAUCAAGCCUACUUUCGACCAACCCAAGGCGCAAUACUUAGUCAAAGUAAUGGGCAACGUAAAUGGACCGAGAAAGAACGUUCAUUACUCAUUCAAGGCAUAGCAAAAUAUGGGAUCGGACAUUUUCGCGAAAUUUCUGACAAUUUAUUGCCGGAUUGGAGCGCACAAGAUCUACGCGUAAAAACGAUGCGUCUAAUGGGCCGUCAAAACCUGCAACUGUAUAAAGAUUGGAAAGGAAAUGAGGACGCGAUUCGAAAAGAAUACGAAAAAAAUAAGGAAAUCGGGGUAAAGACUGGAAUGUGGAAAGCUGGGACAUUAGUAUAUGAUGAUGAUGGGUUGGUGGUUAAAAUGAUUAAAGAGCUAGACAAGAAAAAGAGAAACAAAAGUCAGAUUAUGAGAGAUGGUGAUGAUAAAGAGGAGGAAGAGAGGGAAGAGGCAUGA